AUGAGUGUAUGGAGCACCCAGAAAUCGAGGAUCUGGAACAAACAGGUGCCCUUCAUGUCCUGCUGCUUGAGGAAGGAGAGAUCUAUACUUCUUGCCAACGCCCUGCUGAACUUGGUUGCGGCGGCGCAGCCCUGCGCCCGGCCCUGCCGCUGCCCCGCGCAGCCGCCGCGCUGCCCGGCGGGCACCAGCCGCGUGCCGGACGCGUGCGGCUGCUGCAAGGUGUGCGCCCGGCAGCUGGGCGAGCGCUGCUCCGCGCGCCAGCCCUGCGACCACCACAGGGGCCUCUACUGCGACCUCGCCAAAGGCCACAGGGGCAGCGGCAUCUGCCUAGCUCACGAAGGGGCCACCUGUGACCUGCUGGGCAAGAUCUACCACAACGGCGAGAGCUUCCAGCCCACGUGCAAGCUGCAGUGCGUGUGCAUGGACGGGGCCAUCGGCUGCGUGCCGCUGUGCUCCGACGCGCUGCGGCUGCCGUCGCCGCAGUGCCGCAGCCCGCGGCGCGUGCAGCCCCGCAGCAAGUGCUGCGAGGAGUGGGUCUGCGAGGAGGGCGGCGAGCAGGAGCGCUCGGGCGCGGCCAUGGCCGUUUUCAAGGAGACGCCGGCCCGACAGCCCGAGGAGAACAACGUGCAGGAGAACUGCCUGGUGCAGACCACGGAGUGGAGCGCCUGCUCCAAGAGCUGCGGCAUGGGCGUCUCCACGCGGGUCACCAACAGCAACGGCCAGUGCCGCCUGGAGAAGGAGACCCGCCUCUGCAUGGUCCGGCCCUGCGACUUCCCCACGGGGAAGAUGAAGAAGGGGAAGAAGUGCGUGCGGACCCCAAAGCUGCGCCGGAGCCUCCGCUUCGAGUUCUCGGGCUGCACCAGCAGCCGCUCCUACCGGCCCAGGUUCUGCGGGAGCUGCACGGACGGCCGCUGCUGCACCCCGCGCGACACCAGCACGGCCGAGGUGGAAUUCCGCUGCCCCGAGGGGGACUUCUUCCAGCGGAAGAUGAUGUUCAUCAAGAUGUGCUCCUGCCACUACGACUGCCCCCGCGACAACGACAUCUUCCUGGCCACGCACCACCGGAGGAUGAUCGGGGACCAUGUGAAGGCAGAGGGGCAGUAGCCCUCUCGCCGACUCUGCAGGCCCAGGCGG